AUAAUUUCAAAAUCGAAAUCUUGUAUAUUUCUAUUCGUCCUAUUUACCAACGUGCAAAAAAAAAAUCAGAAUGAGAGUGGAAGCUUUGGACUUGUUUUGGACGGAUAAGGGCCGAUAUAAUUUAGCAGAAAAAAGGUUUUACGAAGACGUACUUAAGGUUACACCGCUGCAGGUGAGCCACCACUACAGCCCUUUAGUGUCCGAAAUUGCAAAGGCUAGAGAACAUAUACAGACCUCUCUGGAAAAGGUAAAAAUUGAUUUUACCAAUGAUACGAGCAGGUCGGAGGUUCUAGACAGAAUAUUGCUACUAGAAAAUGAAAAUGCGGAUCUUAGAUCUAAAUUUGUUAAAUUAUUACAAGAACACUCCGAUGUAUUGAAGCGCCUCCAAGCCGUUGAGAAUCGGCUGAGUAUUUCCAAUGGUAACCUGAAAGAGGAUGAUGAUGUCGACUUAUUUGCUUCUGAUAGUGAAGAAGAAACUCAGGAGACUGUGCGCAUAAGAGAGGAACGACUGGCCGCUUAUAAAGCUAAGAAAUCAACUAAAGCUACCAUAAUAGCAAAGUCAAGUCUAAUUUUAGACGUUAAGCCAUGGGAUGAUGAAACUGACCUCGGAGCUAUGGAAGUGGAAAUCCGAAAAAUUACUUUGGAAGGAUUACUAUGGGGAGCUUCUAAACUUGUCCCAGUCGCUUUUGGAAUUAAGAAAUUAAGUAUAUCAUGUGUUGUUGAGGAUGAUAAAGUUUCUAUUGAUUGGCUUACUGAAGAAAUAGAAAAAUUAGAAGAUUUUGUCCAAAGCGUUGACAUAGCUGCAUUUAACAAAAUAUAAGAGAUGUAA